GCAGAAAUAGAAGAGGAAUAUUUAGCAGCAUAUUGUAUUAGAGAACAUUUAGUACAAUCUAUUGAAAAUUUUAUCUAUGCCAUAACUGAGAUUGCUGGAUUUUUUAAUAUUCUGAAAAGGGAAUUAUCCAUGCUUUGUAAUAUUCUUGAUGCAAAAAUUGAAAGACAUUGUAAAAUAGUUAAACCCAAAGCCUCUCGAAUUGUCAAUUUAUGUAACUUUUUUGUAAAAAACCUUCCUCACUGCACCAAUCUCCAGGCAAUCCCUGAUGACUGUAGCAAAAAUUAUGUUCAAAAGUGGCUUGCAACGCAGAAUGGUUGGAUAUUAUUACAUAUUUCUGCUGUUAUUGGAGACAUAAGAUCUGUUAGAACUUUGUUGCAACAAAAUUGUGAUAUUAAUAUUCAUGAUGAAGAUGGUAAAACAGCAUUAUAUUGGGCUGCAGAGUAUAGAUACACGGAAAUAGUCAAAUUUUUAUUAGAAGUAGAAGCUGAAGCUGAUAACAAACCAAAUUUAAAUCUUGUUCAUUUUGCUGCAGAGAGAAAUUAUGAAAAUGUUAAAAUAGGUAUAGUACUACAUUGGGCUGUAUUUGAAGGUCAUAAAGAAACUGUAAAUUAUUUAAUAAAAAAUAAUAUUAAUUUAGUUAAAGCUAUUGAUAAAAAUGAUAAGACAGCAUUAUAUGAAGCUGUGUGGAAUGCUAUAAUUUCAUAUUCAUGCCAGGAAAAAGUUUUUAAUCUUUUAAGAAAUGAUGAUCUUAAAAAUGAUUCUUUAGCAAAGUUUUUUAACCAGUUAGACAAUAAGCAAUUAAAUAAUUAUUACAAAAUUAAACUUCUAAAUGACACUACACUAGGGUUGAGUUAUAAGUUUCAAAAUUUGGAAAACCUAUUUCAUAAAUUAAAAAAUGAAACACUUGGUAAGAUUUAUACACUCAAAUCUGCAUCAGAAUCUAUUUUGAUAAUUGAUAUAAAUGAGUAUUUAAAUUCAAUAGUUAGUGAAACCAAGUUAUUGCAGGAUAAAA